CUAAAAAAAAAUUGGAGUUACAAACGCGGAAUCAAUCGAAUAACCAAAAAUGGUUUGUAGAAAGAAGAAAGCGAUUGACAGCUUCCAAUUUUGGCAAAAUAUGCAAAAUGAGACCUUAUACAUCAUGUAAGAUAGCAGUACAUGAUAUAAUAUAUGGUAGUGUGACUACUCACGCCACAGAGUAUGGCAAAAUCACCGAACAAAUUGCGGUUCAAGCUCUCCAGGAAAAAAUUAAUAAAACAAUUAAAAAAUGCGGUUUGUUUAUUGAUAGAACGAUUCCUUAUUUAGCGGCUACUCCAGAUGGAUUGAUUGACGAAAAUUCAAUUUGUGAAAUUAAGUGCCCCUACUCUGUAAAAGAUUCCAACAGUAUAGAAGAAGUACUAAAAGAAAAAAAGCUACCGUACAUGCAAGUUAAAAAUGAUGCUAUAACUUUAAAAGAAGAUAGUCACUAUUUUUACCAAAUUCAGGGGCAGUUACACAUUACAGGACGUGUGAUAUGUUAUUUUUUUAUCUACACUUCUAAAUGGACUUAUAUUCAAACAAUAAAUUAUGACAAUGAAUUUUGGACCUCAAAAAUGGAAUCCCCCUUAAAGUUAUUUUACGAGGAAUGUCUACUACGAGAAAUAGUAGACCCUCAGUACAGCAAACGUCAAUUAAAAAGCGACAUUAUUGAACCUCCUCACAUAAUUAAAAAUAAUGCUACAAAACAAUCUAAAUUCCAAAACGUCGUUAAAGAUGAUGAAAUAAUUUCCAUAAUUGGGAAAUGGUUAACAACAGCUAAAUCCAGAAUAGAAAAUAAAAAACAUAUGAAUGAUGUGACUACAAAUUUUCUACACUAA